GCUAUGUCUCGACAGGUGGUCCAGGUCCAGCCGGAGAGCAGGGGUCAGCAGGAAGGUCAAUGGAGUACUGGCCUGUGUGAGUGCCAUAAAGACGUGGGAGACUGCUGCUUUGCCCUGUGCUGCCUCCCAGUGUUCACCUGUAAGGUGACCAGAGCAGUGGGGGCCUGUGCCUGCCUGCCUCUGCUCGACUGUAUCGGCUGCGUCCCCCCCGCCUCUCUCGCCAUGAGGGCAUCUGUCAGGCAACGAUACGGCAUACAGGGGAGCGUGUGGAGCGACUGCCUGUACGGAUGCUGCUGCUAUCCGCUGUCUUGGCUCCAGAUCUCCAGAGAGCUGAAGAGAAGAGCAGCAUCCCACGCCUCCUCCUCUUCCUCCUCCCCCUCCUCCUCCUCAGCCAGUUACAGUGCUCUGUUCUCCCUGCAGGGGGCGCACUUGGUCUAGCCGUUCUCUCCGUUGCAGCCUGGCCUCCAGGGUACAGGAGUAGAUUUAAUCACACUUCCUCUGAUCUGCAGCCGCUCCCUGUUACCUCGCAGAAUUCAGCAGGGACACAAUCUGUCCCGCAGAGAGGAACACUCAGAAUUUCCCAAGAUAAUACAAAGAAAAGCGUGAUGUUGUUGCAUGUUAUUUUGGGAAGCAGAUUCAGCAUGUAUUCUAUUAUACUUGUUAUGCUGUUAUGUGAUUACAUCAUUUUAUAUAAUGUAGGUACAUUUACUCAAGAACUGCCCUUAAGUGUGCUUUUGAGUGGAUUUUCAUUUUCAUGUCACUCUAUACUUGUACAUUUAUUUUUAGAUUAACAUUUUACCACACAGGCAGAAGUGGGAAGUAACUAAGUACAUUUACUCAAGUACUGUACAACUUUGAGGUUCUUUUACUCCAUUUCAUUUAUUUAAUAACU